GCUCAUAAUAAAGCAAAUAAAAUAAAAAAAAUAAUAUAGAGAGUGUCUCAUUUAAAAAAAAACGUAAGUUUGCCUCAUAUUUGUGUGAUAUACAGUAUAGUGUGAAAACGGCAUCUUUGUACUUUUACUCAUAAGCGAGAAAUCCUGUCAAACACAAAAAUGGGACACCCUAUACUUGAUAUAAAGUUUUUUCUAGGAACAGUAGGUUACUCUGUAUAAAUAAAUCUGUUACACAAAUUAUCUCUAUCCCUCAUUCUCACAACAAAUUUAAUUCCCCAUUAAUAUAUCACUUCCCUUCGCUAAAACACUAUAAUCGAUUCCUUAACAAGACCUAUAAACAUGUUGAGCAAAACAAACUCGUAAGGAGCUCGCUUGGACCGAUGAUUGUGCCGAUGUUUGGACCAGUAUGAAUGUACGCCUGCUCUUUAAAAUACAGUUUGUCGCAACGUCACGAUGGUGUGCCUCAGAUGGUUGGUGUGGUCUUGUAUUUGUGCCAUUGGCGUAUCGACCAUCGUAUGCCUACCGGCUAGAAUUGGAGGAGGUGGCAAGGCAGGAGCAAAUUUUGGCAGAGGCAGACUUUAUAGUUCAAGAAUACCCAUCAUGAUUCAACACAGAAAUCCACAAUCCGCUACUUACUAUGACAAUAAAGACGGUGCAAAAAUCGUCAAAUCCAGCCAUUUCGAAUACGAAUACAUGCUAGGGAGAAAGAUUACGUUUUUCUGUAUGGCGCAAGGGUUACCGAGGCCAGAAAUAACCUGGUUCAAAGAUGGCAUAGAGCUCUAUCAUCACAAAUACUUCCAAGUGCAUGAAUGGACUGAAGGAAACGACACUAUAAAAAGUAAAAUGGAAAUUGAUCCGGCUACGCAAAAAGAUGCAGGAUUCUACGAAUGCCAGGCGAAUAAUCAGUACGCUAUCGAUUACAGGGCUUUCAGAACGGACUACGCCAUGCUUACCUACUAGUUCAAAUUAUAUUUUACGAUUGUAAAUAUAUUUCUGUUAUUAUUAUAUAAUUUAAAAAAAUAUAUAUUGUAUAUAUAAUAUUAAAAAUAAGCGGAUUUUUAUUGGUAAAAUCCUGAUGCAAUGUAAACAAUAAAUGCACUCUAAAAAACGUAAACACCUGUAUUUUCCUGUGUUAGUAAUUGUUAUUCUUAUGUUCUCAUCAACUACUAAAACCCCGUCCUCGGAACUUCGUACUGUUGCCAGCGACACGUCAAAUGAACCAAUAAGGU